CCGGCGUGCGAGUGCAGAGCUCUGUCGACGCACAGAUCUCAAGCUUUAGGUGCUCCGACAAAAAUGGCGUCACGGGCCCUCGGCCUGCUCGCGGCCGUCGCGGCGGCGUGCAUGCUCGGCGCCGCAGACGCGAAGCUCGGCAGGCUCGUCGUCACCGGCGUGGUGCCGUGCAACACCGGCAGCCUCAUCGACAUCGCCACCUCCCCCGCGUUCCCAAAUGCGGACGUGGAGCUGCGGUGCGCGGGGAGGCUGGUGGCGGGGGCCACGACGAACAGCAACGGGUCGUUCGCGAUAGAGGCGGACCUGACGAGCGCGCUGGCGGCGUUCAUCGGCGGGUGCAAGCUGGUGGUGGACACUCCGCUCAUCAAGUGCAACGCCGAGCUGCCGCCGGUGGGGAGCCUCGUCUCCUACCUGCAGGGCCCGCUCACCAGGCUGCUCGGCGGCAUCUUCCGCCUCUUCCCCGCCGGCUUCUCCUUCCACGCCCACUAAUCCCAUCCAUCCACCCGUCUCAGAUUAAUUGCAGAUCUGCAUGGCUUCUUCUCUAACGACUCUGUAUGAAAAUUGGAUGUAUGGUAAUUUCUACACCAGUAAACUGGUUUGUAUCGAUCGCGCGCCUAUAUGCACUGGAGUAGAAAGCUUAUUGGCUUGCUUAAAGCAGGAGUUGCAAAUGUUUUCUGGUCAGAUGAAUAUACUUUAUGCCUGUAUGGACAAACAUUAUUGUUAUGGACUAAGUUAUAUGUCAAGAUGGGUUGGAUAUGGAUAGUAGUCUCCUUCAAUCUAGGCAUUGUUUGUAUCGUGGGUAUGUAGGAAGAAGAGGUGUCCUCCGGUUGACAGUGGAAUUUAAUGGACGUAUU